CUCAGCAUUAACAUAUUAGAUUGUUUCACAAGGGUAAUAGUAAUAAAGAGAAGCUGUUAUAUGUUGUUAUUUCUUGUUUUGAUAAUGUAAACAUCAAGAGUAGCUUUAAUGUAAUAAAGAGGCUUAGUGUUGAAGUCAGACUCAGAGUUAUGUGAAGCCAGCCUCUGACAGAGUUAACUUGGGUUAAUGAUUGACGGGUCAGAUCUAACCUACUUAAACACACUGUGGGAGGACCUGUCCUGCUUUGAUCUGGUGUGUAGUCAUGUGACCCAAAUAGUUCCCUCUCACCAGACUGGGGGGAGGGGACUUUUUUAAUGUAAAAAUUCUGAUAUUCAUACAAUACUUAACUCACUUAACUUCUGUUGAAUGUAUGUUGAUGUGUUACUUUGAAUGUACCAAGGGUUCAGUUUUCUGGUGUUUUAAUAUGCUUGCAUCUCCACUCUCUUCAACAUGAUGCAGGCGAUCUCAGAGGCCGAGGUUAAUCAUUGACUGGAGGCUCCACUUUAUGUUGUACAGUGAUGCUGUCAGGCUACACUUCACUUCCUUCUAUCACACAAUGACAACCUGCUCUACACCUGCAUUUCACCAGCACAGUGCCCAGCUCAGGUGAGUCUAUUUUAUGAUUUUUCAUUUUACUCUAAGGUGAAUCUCAUCAAUGUACAGGUGAGAUGUAUGGUGAUUGACCAGAUGGGCCAUAUGUUUUUCCAGGUGAGUCCUAAACAAGUCCAAAAGAGUCUAGGGUCAGUCCAGGUGAGUCUCAUGUAGGUGUGUUGUUUUGGUCCAUGUGACUUCUAAGUGAAAACAAAUUUGGUCCAUAUAAGUGUCAUUUUAGUCCAAUAGGGGUUUAUUUUUGCCCAGGUUGGUUUCAUGCUAAUAGUGGUGAGUCUUGUAUUAGUCCAGGUGGGUCUCCCUUUAGUCCAGGUGGGUCUCCCUUUAGACCCCAUGAUAAUUACAAUAGCAAUUAGGUUAGUUUCAGCUAUGUUUUAACGAAAUCAGGGUAGGUUCAUUUAAGUUCAUGUGAGAUUCAUAUUAGUCCAGGUGAGUUACAGGAAGAUUCAGGGAAGUCUCAUGUUAGUCCAGGUCAUAUAUCUGCUAGGCAGGUCACUGUCACCCCCAUGUUAUACUCAUGUUGUUCAAGUAAGACCCAGGUAAGUCCAGGUACGUUUUAAUUUAGUUAGUGUGUUUUAAACUAAACCCAUCAGAAGUAGCUCUGGUCCAGGUAUUUUCCACAAUCAGUCCAAGGUAGUCAUGUGUUAAUACAGGUGAGUCAUUUGUGAGUCCCAGUGUUUUUUUUGUUUUUUUUUUACAAUUAUUAUUAUUUCUUGUAAAUAUCAUAAAGUCCAGGUGAGUCACAGGUAGCUCCAGGUUAAUCCCAGAUUAGAUCUGGUGUGUGUUUUAAUUUGGAUUAGUCCAAUUUUAUUGUGUUCUAGGUAUUUCUACAUUAGUUAAACCAGUCUCAUGUUAAUCCAGGUGAAUAAUAGGUAGGUCCAGGUGUUUUAAAUGGGUCUAGAUAAAGAAAUUGAAAUUUGAGUCCAAAUGAGUUUUAUGCAAGUCCAGUUGUCUCUGAUACUGUCUGGUAUGAGUUGCACUAUUGUACUAUUGUAGCUCAGGUGGGUUUCAUGCUAGUCCAGAUACAUUAAGGUCAACCUAAUUGUAGGCACAGAUGAUUUUAGUGUUAAUUAAGGCAAGUCUUAGAUUAGCCCAUGAAUGCCUUGUUUUUGAGUCUAGAUGAGUCAUGUGGUUGUUCAGGUGGGUCCAAAUGUGUUGAUUUGAGAAGUCUGAUGUCAUUUGACUGGGUGAUUUUACUUGAGUAAUUUUGGUCCAGGUAAGUUUCAUGCAAGUCUAGGUUAGUUUCUUUUAGUGCAGGUGAGUCCAGUUCAGAUCAAUAGAUCCUUUGUUGGACUACGAGAGUCCAACACAAGUCCAGGUGUGUAUUGUGUUUUAAUCUGGGUAGGUGUCCUAGUUUUCCAGAAAGGUCUCAUUUGUAGUACACGUGAGUUGUGUUUCUUGAGUCCAGGUAAUCUUAAUGAUGGCCAAGGUGAUGCCUGUGUCAGUCCAGGUGAGUUAUUCAAGUCAAUGAGUGUCUAGAAAUGUUAGUCCAGUUUAAAUCCUCUCUUUGUCCAGUUAAAUUCUUGUCUAAGUUCAGGUCAGUCAUAGGUCAGUCAUAGGUUAGUCCAGGUAAGCAUCAUAUUAGUCCAAGUCUGUCUUAUCUUUAUUUCCGGGUGAGUUCUUAAAUUGUAAGUGUCUUCUUACUCCAGAUAAGUCUUACUUUGAUUCAGAUGAGUCUCUCCUUAUCAGUCUAGGUGGAUUUUAUGGCAGUCCAGGUGAGCUGUCUACUAGCAUUUUUGCCAGGUAAAGUCCUGUUGCUAUGAUUGAAUUUUGUAUAGUUCAGGUGACCUUCAUGUAUGUUCAGGUUAGUCUUGUAUUAGUACAAGUGAGCCCCAUUUAGGCCAAGGUGGAUCUAUUGUUUGUCCGAGUGAGUCUAAUUUUAGUCCACGUGAGUUUAACUUAAGUCUGGGUGAGCAGUUAUCUGUCAACAUAAAUUAAUGUUUCCAUUUUCCAUGUACUUGUGAGGUACAUGGAAAAACUGUGAGGACUGUAGCUGCCAGGUUGUGUUUUAAAGUGUGCCGUUGUGCUGUUGUGUUGCAGGCUGGACUGUUCGCCCCCUGAUGGUCCUGCAGCUCACCUGAGGUCAUCCAGAUCAGUGCCGUGCUCACCUGAGCAGUCAGCACCAUGUUGGAGUUGCCAGCAGGUGAGGCAGUAAACAAUAAAAUCAUCACAAGCCACACCUGUGUGAUUAUUGUUAUUACUUUAGUGAGGGUCACAGUCUGGUCCCAAACAUUUUAAUAAUGACGCUAUUUACCUGAAGGGCGUCACACUUGUUCCUGAAAACCUGCAGUUUUUUUUUAUUUUUAAUUUCAUCAAAGACUUAAAUCUGAAACAAAAAAACAAAGUUUGUUUUCUCUCUGCAUUUUUUUUACCUCAUGUUUACCAUUUUUUUACCCCUCACCUGUUCAGGACUUGCCUCAGUCAUGUCCUGUCUGCCUGCAAACUCCUGACUUCCCUGUCAAGACCAACUGCGGUCACCUGUUCUGUGGUACGAGACUAAACUCACAAUCAGUCACUCAGAAGAUGCUUCUUACUAUCAAGACUUUAAAUCUUUUACUGAGCAUUUGAGAGACUGGAUCAGAGCAACUUCAGAUUGAUUUUGGAAAGUAUUGUUAUUGAUUAAUUUAUGAAUAAUUAUGUUAUGAUUAAUUGUGUUUUUACUGUUGUGGUUCAGCUCCCUGUCUGAUGGCAUACUGGAGACACGGUUCCUGGUUAAAUGCAAUCAGCUGUCCUCUCUGCAGACAGAAGGUACAGUCUGAACAAAAUUAACUCUGUGAACUCAAAAUGAAUGUUUCUGACUGGAUUAAUGGCUUACUGAUAGUUUCCCCCCCCUGUGAUAGUUUUAGUGUUUCUAAAUUUCUGGUCGUUUUUAAUGAAUUCAGUUUUUGUGUCUGAUUGCAAUCAGAUUUCGUAUUUCUUUAUAGAUUCUGUUUUGUUUUUCACUCUUGCAGGUCAGCGUGUUGUGUCAUCUUUUCAAAGAGAGUCGAUCAGACCGUCAGUCAAAGGAGGUUCUUGUGGAAAUCAGCAACUACAACAAACGUUACUCUGGAGCUCCGAGGAGGGUCAGUAACAAAGCAAAAUUUUAACUCUUUUAUCCUGGAUAUUAUUUGUAUUGAAGUGGGCUUAGUAUCCUGACACAAAACUGACUUUUAUUUUAUCCUAAACGAAGUAUUUUAAUUAAAGAGGAGUUUCAGUCAUCCUCAGCCUAAAAAUCAGACAGAAAUCACAUCCCUACAUUUUUCAUUUUUAAUCAAGUCUGAAAAACUUCAGAGAUUUUUUACAUCUCAGGUGGUGCAGGUAUCAUGGAAGACAUGUACUGAUCAAAUUUUAUUGAUCAGGCAUGUUCUUGAUGUACAUUAUUUGUGCUAAACAAGGAGACGUGAAAGUAUUCAGCUCUAGCUCCACCCACGACACACCUGAUAGCUCCACAUUUGAUCAUUUUCACGUCAGUUGCCGUCUUUAAUCUUUGAAAACAAACCUAGACUUCACUUACACUUGUUGAUUACCUGUAAAAGUAAACCUUUAACCCACAGCUGAACAGAAGUUUUAAAAUGAAAGAAAAAUGUUUUGAAAUUUUUUAUCAUAAACCACAUCAGAGAAAUCUGGAGUGAGCUGUUGUAUCUGAAUAUUUAACAAUGAUAAGUGCAGCGUUACAACAUCUAAUUCUCAGAGUGUUUCCAUUCACUGACCUCUCCUUACCAGGUAACAGACUACCUGUGCGACGCUCCCCUACUGCUGCAGGUUCUGGUCCGGGGACUGGGUACUAUGGGAGGACUGGUGUGGCUGUUUUUGUUCAGGGUGGCCGUGUGCUUUGUGGGGACAGUGGUGUCCAUCUCCUCCCCUCCUUUGGACCCCACCUCCUCACCCUCCUUAGGGGCUGACCCCUCUCUUUGUGGACUGCUGGGGGUCCUGGAUGACGUGGUGGUGGUAGUCCUGCUCCUCACAUGUGUUAUAAACGUCAACCAGCAGAUAAUGCCAGACACAGAAGAACAGUCAGCGGACACCAACAACUGAAACUGAUGUAAAAUAAUAUGGUGUAAUAUAACAUAAUAUAAACAGUGCAAUGUGUGUUAUGUUUGUAAUUAGGUUAAUGAUGUUAGUAAAAGCAAACAUUAGUCCAGUUAAUGUCUGUUAUUUUCUUUUAUACUUCUACUCUAAAGAUUUUUUUUGUAAAUAGUUCAUUUUGUAAAAUUAUGCUUUUGUGAUAAAGAAUAUUUUUUAUC